AGACCAUCCACUGAUCAGGCACCAACGCAGGACACUAUGGCUUUUGGGAGCCAGUCAGACCCCAACCAUGCCGCCGAUGUCAUGGCGGAAGCAUUGGGUCUUUUGAGUCGCGUGGUGGAGCAUUUUCGUGACAAGGAUGAAAACGAGGCGGCGAAUGGAAUGGCUCGCGACGCCCAUUCGAUGCUCAAUACCUUCAAUCAAACCACAGCACCAUGGGACAUUGGCCGAUUCCAUAUGCACUCGACAACUCCUGCUCCUCCGGCCUCGCCCAAUGCUAGUCGACCCAUCAUGUCUCCCUCCUCCAGACCCGUUGCUUCAUCUUGGGCCGCAGUGGCUGCUACGGAUGUAUCCUCCAACAACCGGCUGGUCAAGUUUCGUCCCUGCGACGGCUUGAAACGUCAUGUUGCAGAGGAGAAUGUCCCGAUGUCUCCGGCCAAAGAUGAAGACAUGAGAUGUGUAUGGAUCUAUGGUUGGAGCAGGACCCGACAUCUGCAAAAUGCCACAGAUCGCAUCUCGAUUGGUGCCAUUUUCUCCAUUUGUUUUGUGCCCGAGCAUGAAGCCGUGUGUAUCAUCUUCCAAUACGCCACGUCGGCCAUGCUCCUGAUCGAAGAGGACAUGCGGUCACAACGUGACUUGGGGGUAGGUCUGUUUGGUCCUGGGAGUGAGGUCAAGAUCGGAGGGCCAUAUAAGGAGUCGGUUGAUCUUCAACGCAUGGUGACCCCAGUCAAUGAACGACGACGCCUAACCUUUGCCCGCCAACAGCUCUUCACCAAUGGUCUAACCAAGGAUCGCUUCGUCAAAGACCUCGUCGCCAUUGUGGGCGAUCACAACGUCAUCCUGGUGUGGUUGUUCAACACGGGAAAUGCUACGGUCGUCUUCUCCGCCACCGUCAUUGCCCGCCGGGUCCGCGACGAAUUCCUUCAAUUGGCCCGAGAGUGUGGUCCGUACCAGGAUGUGUCUGUGGGCUUCUCGCACGACCCCUGCGAGCGGCCGAUGAACCUCAUCACUCAGAUCCCCUAUCCAAGCUCGGGUGCGACUCAAAGAGAGCGCAGUGACAGUGCCAAGUCCAUGUCGAAUGGUGGUCGAGGAUACAAUCCCACGGCAGCAAAGUUUGUGCCUAGUGCUACCGUCCGCCCCAGAAAGGGCACUGACAGUGAUGGUUGGCAGACAGUCCAGAGGAAGCGUUGACCAUUUCGCUCCAAGCCGCCCUCGACCCCAGCAUCCCUCGAGGGACGUUUCAUACCCUCGAUACAGGUGAGAAUUGACCAGCAAGCAUACUACGCGAAGCGAUGAGCAGAUCAUGGUGGAAUGAGGGUCGACAUUGACUUUGCAUGGCCGGAACACGCUUUAUUGCCACAACAACGAUGCAAUGGAUUCGGUCACGAUAGCACGGCGUAUAUGUCACAGGUGGACGAAUGGAGAGAUUGAUGGAUACGACAAUGAAAGGCAUUAAGGCCAGCUAAGAGUCAGAUAUCCGCUGGCCUCGGCGUGAAAGCACGAUUGCAUACAGAUACAGGAAUCAUAGCGAUGCCGUCCCAGCCGGCAGCAUAGGGCUUAGGUAGCUCAUGUCAAGUCUGCCAAUGACAGCAUGCAGGAGUGUGUAGAUGAAUGAUCUUCCCACUAUCAG